AUGCGACAACCAACGGACAGAACUGCUGGAAGAGAAUCCAUGAGUCGAGCUAAGCUCGAUGAAUCACGCUCAUCAUUAACUGAACCUCAGAACUAUUGGGGCUUCGCCAACUUUCCCAACCAAGUUUUCCGUAGAGCAAUCAAAGAUGGUUUCAACUUCACCUUAAUGGUAGUCGGGCGUAGUGGGCUUGGGAAGUCAACGUUUAUCAACACUUUAUUUAUGGCAGAAAUCCAUGACUUGAAGGAAAAGCCACCACCAACAGGAUCUACUGUAAGAAUCGAGGAAAAGCAAGUAAAAUUGGUGGAAAAUACGGUGAAAUUAAAUCUCACUUUGGUUGAUACUCCAGGAUUUGGUGACGCUGUUAAUAAUACUCGCUGUUGGGAACCCAUAAUCAGUUAUGUUGAUGGUAAAUUUUUGGAAUAUUUCUGUGAAGAGACAAAAAUCGAAAGAAAAGAACGGCCGGCUGAUAAAUGUGUUCAUCUUUGUCUUUACUUCAUCGAACCAAGUGGACAUGGAUUGAAGCCGUUGGAUAUAGAAUUUAUGAAGCAGCUGCACAGUCGUGUUAAUAUUGUUCCUGUGAUCGCAAAAGCUGACUGCCUUACGAGAGAAGAACUGAAGAAAUUUAAAGCUCAGAUCAACAAAGAUAUCACCUCAAAUGACAUCAAAUUAUAUAAGUUCCCCGAAAUUGAGGAUGAAAAAGAUAAGGUUGCUAGUGAGAAGCUCAGAAACUGUCUACCGUUUGCUGUUGUCGGCAGUAAUGUGUUAAAAGAAGAAGGUGGAAAAAGAAUUAGAUACAGAGAGUAUCCGUGGGGAAUCGUAGAAGUUGAGAACAUGGCACACAACGAUUUUAUUCCCCUGAGAGAUAUGAUCGUUCGGACAAAUCUGAUUGAUAUGAUAGACGUAACUCGAUCUGUUCAUUAUGAAAAUUUCCGACUUCGUCAGAUGGAUAAACUACCAAAACAUGCUCUCGAUAGAGAUCCCUUUACGCAAUUGGAAGAAGACCGCAAAAAGAAAGAAAAUGAGCUUGCGGAAAAGGCUAAGAGCUUUGAAAAGACCUUUGCUGAUCGAGUCAACGACAGAGAAAUCAAGAUUAACGAAAGGGUCGCUAGAUUGGACAUUCGCGAGCGCGAUUUGAAACAGGAAAUUGAACUAAGGAAGGCUGAACUCGACAGACUCAAACAAGAGGUGGACGACCUUCGACGUGGCAGCAUCGGUGACUCUAAGACAUCGUUAUCCAUGACAAAUGAGAAUUCGGGCAAAAGUUCACCGACGGACAAAAUCAAGAAGAAAAGUGGAACGUUGGGUCUUUUCAACAGAAACUGA